AUGAAAAAGCAUAGUGAUGGUGAAUAACUAUUAACUGAUAUAUAUGAAAAACAUAUUUUACACAAUAAUUUACCUUUUGUUAAAUAUAAAUUCUUUGAUUUUCAUGAACAUUGUAAACAUUAAAAAUACGAAAAUGUAAAUCCUUUAAUAUAAGAAUUAAGUAAAAUGAAUAAAAACCUUCUUUUUUUUGCCGAAAAUACAAUCACUGGUAAUAUUUUAGUUCAAUAAUAAGGAAUUGUAAGGACUAAUUGCCUUGAUUGUUUAGAUAGGACUAAUGUUUUAUAAACAAAAAUAGCAUUAGACAUUCUUGAUUUUUAACUUAAUUAUUUGGGAGUUAAUUUAUAAGGUAUUUUUUUUAUAUAAAAAAAAUAAAAAAAAAAAAAAUUAAAUAAAAUAAUUUAAAAGAUUAAUUUGGAGAAGAAUCCUUGA